AUGGUUCUGACCCGGAGCCAAAGGACCAUCAACGUCCAGAGCUUGCCGCGCGAGCUCUGCGCCCACUGUCUCGAGUUUUUGCCAUUUGCUGAAGUGCAGCCGUAUGAGCCAAAGGUCACGCGGUCGUAUUUCGGCUUGCGGCGGAUUUUAGAUGCGAAGCGCGUCUCGAAAAAUUUCCGCUCGGCGGCGCGCUAUGCUCUGACGCGCGGGCGCUGGCGGCCGCUGAAGCUGUUUUGCGAGCGGGGCAAAGAGGCGGUACUAGGGCCUCGUAUAAAUCGCCAACGCGGCGUGCCGCCACCCGAGGUCCCUGAACAGAUGCAGGCCCUGUUCCGGGAGGUGUGGAGCCUGGAGCCUUGCGCGGUCCUCGUCGAGCUGGGUUCGUGGCCUCCAAUGGAGACCUGGGGUACGCUCCCCGUACCAUGGUGCGAAGGGCCCGGGCACUUCGAAGGAACCGAAGAGGCCCGCAGGGCUAUCGAGGCGGCACUUCGCUACUUAGAAAUCGUCGAACCGUGCAUCAACGGUUACGGACGCAUGCUCGCGGCGUUCGCUCCGUAUCAGCACGAGCGCUUUAAACCAGAGCCUCUGUCGAGGUCUUACUUUGAUGCAGAGUUCCUUUUCAAAGCGUGGUGGUUCAGAGCUAGUCCGGUUGAUGAAGAUGGAGAUGAUAUAGUCCUGGUCGACGUGCUGUCGGAGGACUCGCUCGCCCCGGCGCUUCGGGCUUGGGAGAUAUUUACGGAGGCCGACGUGGGGCUCUACGGCGGCGUGGGUGCACAGGUCGGAGCACAAUUUAUGAUCGCGCGGAACUUCCUUUGGUGGAAAUACCGGCCUUAUCACUCCUUCGUACACCUCGUGCAGAACUACUGGGAGGAUCGUCAGUUGGCGAGCAUGUUAUUAGACGUGCUUUUGGAGUACGGCGAAGGCUACGCCAUGAACGAGGGUCCGCGGGUCAGCAUUUUUCGGAAUCGUGAGGGUGAAGACCUGUCGUUUUUUGAACCUUUUUGAGGUUGCCUAAGUAUGCCUAAAAUAAU